AUGACUGAAAAUCCACCUCUCAUCAUUGAUAAUGGUUCCUCUCUCAUGAAAGCUGGUUUAUCUGAUGAUGAUGCUCCAUGUGCAGUCUUUCCCACAGUUACUGGACGACAAAAAGUUUCCACCCUCAUGGUUGGAAUGAAUAACAUUGACAAGACGUUCGUUGGAGAUAAUACAUUUGGACUCAGGAGAGGUAUAAAUGUGUUCUAUUAUCCAAUUGAUCGUGGAUUGAUUACUGACUGGGAUCAAAUGGAAAAGAUAUGGGAUUACAUAUUUAAUUCUGAAUUAAGAGUUGCUCCAGAGUAUCAUGAAGUAUUAUUGUUAGAAAUUCCAUUAAAUCCAAUGGAAACUAAAGAGAAAAUGUCACAAAGCAUGUUUGAAACUUUUAGGGUGAGAAGUUUGUGUUUGGCAAAUCAAUGUGCCAUGUCAAUGUUUGCAAGUGGUAGAAUGACAGGUAUAGUGUUGGAAUCAGGCGAUGGUGUUACCAAUUCAGUGCCUAUUUAUGAAGGAUACGCACUGUCACAUGCCACUAUCAGAGUUGAAUUAGGAGGUAAAGAUCUGACAGAUUAUUUGAGGAAAAUCUUAAUGGAACGAGGAUAUAAUUUCACCACAAAGCAUGAAACUGAAAUAGUAAGGUAUAUGAAAGAAAAAACUGGUUGUGUUGCUAAAAGAUACAAAACUACUGAGAUAUUAUUUCAACCAAAUCUUGUUGGAAUGGAGGUUGGUGGAAUUCAUGAAAAUAUUUUCACUUCUAUUAGAAAGUCUGAUUUAGAUAUUAGAAAGGAAUUGUAUUCGAAUAUUUUUCUUUCGGGAGGAUCGACAUUGUUCAAUGGAAUAGUAGAACGAUUGUAUAAUGAAUUGAGGGAAUUAUCUCCCUCCUCAAUGAACAUUCGAAUAACAGCACCACCAGAAAGAAAGUACACUGCAUGGAUUGGUGGUAGUAUUUUCUCCAAAUUAUCAACCUUCCAAUCGAUGUGCAUAACCUUAGAGGAAUAUGAAGAGAGUGGAUACAAUAUAAUUCAUAGAAAGGGCAUCUUUUGA